CCUAACCAAAAACCCUAAUCUCUCCUCUCACCUUUCGGCCUCCCUCCUCCUCCGCCGAAUCACCGGCGCCGCCGCCCUCCCUCUCCUUCUCUCUCGGCCGGCCAUCUCCUCCUUCCUAUCAUGGCUGAAAGUGAGAUCACCUCUCAGUCUACCUCCCAAAAACCUCCUCAUCUGGCUUUCUCUGUCUCCAACGUCAAAUUACAUGUCCCUAUUCAACUGAGCUUUUCUCAACCAAACUACAAAAAGUGGAGCCGACUGUUUCUUCUUCUCACACGUCGGUUCAACCUCCACGGUUAUCUUGAUGGCUCUAUCGGUCCCAUCUCCGACGACGACGAUGAAUGGUUUCAACUUGACGCCAUUCUCCAGGGUUGGAUUCUCUCCACUAUCACGGAUGAAGUCUCUGAUCUGGUUAUCUCCUCCGUCUCUACUGCCUCUGCUCUCUGGAAGAUGAUUCAUGAUCUAUUUCACGACAACAAACAUGCUCGCGCCAUGCAACUCGAGCACCAAUUCCGCACCACGGUCAAGGGAUCUACCCCCAUGGCCACUUAUUGUCAAGAACUCCGAAAUAUUGCGGAUUUGUUGGACGACGUCGACGCUCCCGUCUCGGAGCACCAAUUGAUUCUUCAGAUGCUACGCGGCCUCCCCGAUGAUCUCCAGGCUCAGACCUCGUUCCUCCAAUUUCAGGAUCCUAUGCCGAGCUUUCUUCAGGUCCGAUCGGCCCUUCUCCUUCUUGAUCGGCAAAGGACCCCACUGGGCACCAGCAGCACGGCGGUUGGUAACCACACUCUCCCCACCACCCCUCCCCUCUCCUUAAAUAAUGUCUUAAUUUCUCCCCACAUCACUCAUAAUAUUAUCUCUGUUCGCAAACUCACUCAUGAUAACGACUGCACUGUUGAAUUUGACGCUCAUGGUUUUUCUGUGAAGGAUCGUCAGACAGGGACCGUGAUGCAUCGAUCCAAUAAUGUAGGUCCUCUCUACCCGAGUCUCAUACAGCAGCUUAAGGCUGAAUUCGCCAUGACUGAUAUUGGUGAUCUGCACUUUUUCCUUGGGAUCAAUGUUCACCGCACAGCUUCUGGCCUUUUCCUCCACCAGACUCAGUUUGCUCACGACAUCCUUGAGAGGGCAGGGAUGAUUUCCUGUCGACCUAUAUCGACCCCGGUGGAUACAAAGGCGAAGCUGUCUGCGUCUGCUGGCACAGCACUCUCUGACCCCUCUCUUUACUGUUAUGAGCCAAACACGACGCUUAACUUGAGCUUACUAUCCAAGAACGAGCUCAAGUUGACGUCACCCCCUUCUUCGUCGUCGCGAGUAUUUGCAUGCAACUAUUGUAGGAGGAAAUUCUUUAGCUCACAAGCCCUGGGAGGACACCAAAAUGCUCACAAGUUGGAGAGAACCCUAGCCAAGAAGAGCAUGGAGAUGAGCCUAGCUGAUGCCCGGGGGCUUGGCCCGGGCACUAAUUAUAGGCAAGCCGAUGGUGCAAGGAGCUAUGGGAAUAUGAGGGAAAUGGUUUAUGGUCACAAGCCUGAGAAAGGUCAAGAGGACUUUAGUCAACUUGACUUGUCUCUAAGACUUUAAUUUCACUACGAUUCAAAUGACAUUAUUUCUCAAUGUCAUGUCAUGAACUGAAAUUGGUUUGCAAUGUCAUGCACUCAUGCUAUUACAUCGAAAUUUUAUGAUGUUUCAAUGGGAUCAGAAGUGGUUCUUAGCCCCUUGCCUUCUUUCUUUAUUUCGCUGAUUUGAUACAAUGCUAUUGUAGCAAAUCAGUAAAAUGAAAAAGAUGUU